CCUUCCCACUUUUUUCUCUCCCUUCUCUCUCCACUCUCUUCUCUCCCCUUCUCUCCAUUUUGCACCAUACGACCCCCCCCCCCCUCUUUUUUUUCUUCUUCUUCAUAUUGUUCUUUCUUUCUUCCUUUCCCCUUCAUCAUCAUCUUCUUCUUUUUCUUUCCUUCUCCCUUUUUCUUUCUUUUAACGUUUUAUUAGCUAAGUUUAGAAACAAUUCCUUUGAAUCAUUGUUGUUCAUCAUCUUCAUCAUCUUCUUUUUCUUUCCUUCUCUCUUUUUACGUUUUAUGCACACCGACAUUGGUUUGCUUUCACUGUUGGUGUACACCGAAGAAAAUUGUAUAUGUACAGACACUUUUGUUUCUACACAGACAACUAAUGUCUGUGCACACCGACGAAAAUUGUAUAUGUACACACUUUUUUUCUACACAACUAAUGUCUGUGCACACCGACGAAAAUUGUAUAUGUACAUACACUAUUUUUCUACACAGACAACUAAUGUCUGUGUACACCGACACUGGUUUCCCAACCCCCUCAACUUGCAAACCAAUUUUGUUCACACCGACACUUUUUUGUCUACACAGACAACUAGUGUCUGUGCACAUCGACAUUGAUUUUCAUGCAACCAGCCUGGCAAAUCUAGCAGAUCUGCAAACUCACACCGACAGUUUAAUCAAAAGUGUCUGUAUUUUUACGUUUUUUGUCUGUGUGAAUGGCAAAUAAAUGGGGUGUAACCCAGGGUGUACCACAACUAUGGAGUAUGUAGACAAAAAAUGAAGAUAUUGACCUCAUGGUGAAACUCAACUUUGAUGAUUACCGAUUUUCAAUUUCAUGGCCCAGGAUAUUCCCUAAUGGAACUGGCAAGGUAAACAGGAAAGGGGUUGCGUACUAUAAUAACUUGAUCAAUUACCUGAUCAAAAGAGGCAUCACACCAUAUGCUAAUCUCAAUCACUAUGAUCUCCCCCAAGCACUCCAAGACAGAUACAAUGGCUGGCUGCACCGCCAAGUCGUAGAAGACUUUGCAGAUUAUGCAGAGUUCUGUUUUAAGACAUUUGGAGAUAGGGUGAAGAACUGGUUUUCAUUCAAUGAGCCCAGAGUGGUGGCUGCCCUCGGGUAUGACAAUGGGUUCUUUGCACCAGGGAGAUGCUCUCAGCCUUUUGGAAACUGUACAGAAGGAAACUCAGCAACUGAGCCUUACAUUGUCACCCACAAUCUUCUUUUGUCCCAUGCUGCUGCUGCUCAAAGAUAUCAUACUAAAUAUCAAGCUAAGCAGAAGGGAAGAUUUGGGAUUCUCCUAGACUUUGUGUGGUAUGAACCUCUGACAAACUCAACAGCAGACAAUGAUGCAGCUCAAAGGGCUAGGGACUUUCAUUUGGGCUGGUUUUUACAUCCUAUUGUGUAUGGCGAGUACCCGAAAACUAUGCAAACUAUUUUAGGGAAAAGGCUGCCUACAUUCACACCAGACGAAGUUAAGAUGGUGAAGGGAUCAAUUGAUUAUGUUGGCAUAAACCAAUACACGACAUACUAUAUGUCUGACCCCCAUAGUAACAAACCACCUGUCCCUGGAUACCAAAAUGACUGGAAUGUCAAGUUUUCCUUUGAAAAAAAUGGAGUGCCAGUUGGUCCAACGGCACAUUCAAAUUGGCUCUAUAUUGUGCCCUGGGGAAUGUACAAAGCUGUGACCUAUGUGAAGGAGCACUAUGGAAAUCCUACGAUGAUUUUAUCAGAAAAUGGGAUGGAUUAUGCAGCCAAUAUUAGCUUUGCAGAAUCUUACCAUGACACAAAAAGGAUAGACUAUUACCGGAGCUACCUGAUUCAACUGAAGAAGGCAAUAGAUAAAGGAGCAAAUGUGAUAGGCUACCAUGCAUGGUCAUUGGUUGACAACUUCGAAUGGAGGCUGGGUUACACUUCAAGAUUUGGGAUUGUGUAUGUUGAUUUCAAGACCCUCAAGAGGUCUCCCAAGGAGUCAGCCUACUGGUUCCAACAUUUGCUUCAUCGGGACCAGAACUAAGUAUGCAGAUGAUGAUGUCCACCCUGGCUCAUAGUCAGUUACAUUGUCUACAUUUCUUAUUUAGAAACACUUCACCAGCAGCCUUGUGGGACCAGGCGCCCAGCCUGCUGGUUAAAUAAUAAUAAUUGUUCUUUUGCUCUUAUUGCUAAUGUUCACUGCAAUUAAAAAGAAUAAGAAACCACGGAUUGCUUAACAAAGAAGUAAUAAAAAAU